AUGUCAAUUGAAAGUGAAAGUGGAAUCAGAGCGAAGAAGGAAAUGACGUCGACUGCAAAGUACCUGAAUAUGGCAAUUCUGAUCAUAAUUUUGGGCGUUUCCGCCUAUAUUAUUGGACGAAUUGUUAAUGACAUUGGAGUUGUUUUGUUUACGUAUCAUCCAACAUUUAUGGUGCUUGGGUAUCUAAUCCUGAUGUCAAAUGCUAUUCUAAUUAUGGCCGACAGCAGUAUUCUCACCACAAAUAUGUCUCACCAGAAUCGAAUCACAGCACAUUGGAUCAUUCAAUUAUGUGCCUUGAUCUUAUUUGUAAUCGCACAGAUCUGUAUAUUCACACACAAGAACAAUUUAGGAAAAUCUCAUUUUCAAACAACUCACAGUAUUUUUGGAUUAAUUACUGUAAGUUUAACUAUGUUGUCUGCCAUUGGUGGAGUCUUUACGAAAUAUGCAAUGCAGCUCAGAAACACUGUUAAGCCUGUCGUCUUGAAAUGCUUCCAUUCAUUUGCUGGAAUUCUUGUCUACAUCCUUGCCGUGAUUACAAUGAUACUUGGAUUCAGCCAGAUGUGGAAUGAAGAUAAGGAUGCCUACAUCAAGCCAAUUCUCAUCGUUUUAAUCGUCAUUAUUGCCUUCUUCAUCCUCAUUAAGAGCUUCGUACUCUUUAUAUCACGUUUCAAAGACAUAAUUGCUUAAAUUACUCAAUUAAUCAGCUAUUGCUUCUGUUCCAGCCUAAUUAAAUGAUAUUUUAUUUCAUGGUGCACGCAUAUAACUCUUAAACGUACAUGAUUUUACUAUCAAUU